AUGUUGUCUAUGUAUUCUAUACUAAAACCACCGAAAACCGGAAAUUGUAAAAUCUUAGAUUCCAAUACGGAUAAAAUUACCAUCACUGAUUUAAAAAAUAUUUUUAAUGAGAACAAUUCUACUUCUCAGCGGACAGAAAAAAUUAAUAUACUACAAAAUAGAAUUGAUUCAAUGAUAGAAGAAGAUACAGAAAUAGAUGAUAUAUUUGACAAUAAUAUUCACAAUUAUUUUAAAUCAAAAGUCGAAGACUGUGUAAUAUAUUAUAUUUGUGGAUUUAUAACUAAAAAUUUAACAAAAAAAUUUAACUGUGAUGCCUGUCUUAAAAUGAUUAAGGGUGAACAAAAUUAUUGUAAUAGACCAGAAGCUGCUUUAGUUAAUUUGAAAUCAAGAGGUGCACUUACUCAUCCAAAUCAUUUUAUAUUUAACCUACUAUCUUCUGUAGAACAAUCAUUGUCUAAGUACUAUGAUAAUCCAGAUGUUUUUUUACUGACCAUUGAUGAUUUCUUUAAUUCUACCAAUACUGUUUUUCAUUUCAAUUAUUCACUAAUUUCAAACAAAGAUCAAAAUAAAGUCAACGCAAAGAAAAAGAAAUGUUCAAAACUUGUAAACACUUAA